UAAAAACGUUUAAAAAAUCCAUAUUUCUAAACCAAAAUAAUCGCUUGAAGUGAAAAUGGUUCGCAAAAAAUAAUCUAUUUCAAAGUAGUUGCUGCCGUAUAGAAUAUCGAACAUAUGGGCUUAAUUUUUCAUUUCUAACAUUGGAAAUAGGCCACGAUAUGCAUGGUGUCUUUUUCAAAAAGCAAAACUAGACAUUGAUAAAACACGCAGCAAAAUCAAUUUACAAUAACCGUGAAAAUCGUUCUUUAAAAGUGUGUAUUUGGCUUUAAUUGUAUUAAGUUUCAACAAUGUCAGGAAUGUACGGUUCUAAUAGAGAAGCUGUUAGGGUGAAAGUCAAGAAAUGCGAAAAAAAUGUCCCGCCCGAGACACGUAAAUUUAGCGUAGACCCUCAGAUCACAAGUCUGGAAGUUUUGUAUUCGAUUCUCGCCAAAGCAUUUGAUUUAAAGACUGAUUUUGGUAUAAGCUGCAAAGCUCCGGACUCUACUGGGCAGGAAAGUUAUCUGGUGGUUCUUUCCGACUGGGAUUUGGAUGCUGCAUUUAUGCGGGCGCACAAUCAAUCCAUUGCAACUAAAAGCGAACCGUGUCUUUAUCUGAGAGUUGAUAUUAAACCAUUCUCGGAAACUUCGGAAUGGGAUGGUUCAAUUAAUACAGGUGGUAUUACCAGAGAGCUAGCAUCGCUGCAACAAUCCUUUGGUGCUGGCCAGAAAUAUGUGCAAAACAAGCUACCAGGAUUGAUAAUGAAUCAUAUGGAAAAAACCUUUUCUUUAGUGCAACGGGCUUUAAAUUUGACUGAAGAUCCACUGAUGACUCAAACGAUACGGCCUCCACUGUCUGAUGCGGAAUUUAGAACGUUUUGUGAUUCUGUUGGGCAAAUUAUAGAAUCUGAGCAAUUGCGUAAAGUAAUUUACCUUGGUGGCAUUGACCCCAGUUUACGAAGAGUGGUUUGGAAACACAUUCUUAAUGUUUAUCCAGAUGGUAUGACCGGUAGAGAACGGAUGGACUACAUGAAAAAGAAAUCAGGUGAAUAUUUUAAGCUGCGUGAUGCUUGGCGAACGGCGGUUCAACAGGGUAAUAUUGUCGGUGAACUAGCCUAUGUUACAAGUAUGGUUCGGAAAGACGUACUUCGGACAGAUCGGUUACACCCAUUUUACGCAGGAAGCGAUGAUAAUCAAAACAUUGCUUCGCUUUUCAAUGUACUAACAACGUACGCACUUAAUCAUCCUGCUGUUAGUUACUGCCAAGGAAUGUCCGACAUCGCUUCUCCUUUACUAGUAACUAUGGCUGAUGAAGCUCAAGCGUAUAUAUGUUUUUGUGCAAUUAUGACUCGGCUUAGCUGCAACUUUAUGCUGGACGGAAUUGCAAUGACUUUAAAAUUUAAUCAUCUUUCCGAAGCGUUGCAGUACUACGACUCGGACUUUUACGCAUAUUUGAAGAUGCAUCAGGCAGAUGAUUUGUUAUUCUGCUAUCGCUGGUUACUUUUGGAAAUGAAACGGGAAUUUGCUUUUGAUGAUUCGUUACGAAUGCUGGAGGUGCUCUGGAGUUCGCUGCCGCCCAUGGCUCCGAAUGGUGAGUUAGCUCUGUUUGAAAAAGAAUACAAACCUGCUCCACCAGAUGACGUACCUCAACCAAAAAGUCCUUGUCAAGCAACCUUAAGAACACCACGCGAAAAUCCGUAUACUAAGGUCUGUGCACUCAGGCGUCAAAGUUCAGCCCUUUCGUUGAGUUCAUGCACUAAUCCGAUUAAUAUCCAGGGUGGUCUCACUAAACUGAAUGCCACUAAACGACUUAAUUUAAGUCUUGACGAAAAUAUUACUCGUGAUAACUUCUAUUCUAGCAGAAAUAUUACUAAAACUCAUCAAAGCUUAGACGAAGCAAAAAUUUCACUUGUAAAACAACGUAAGACAUUUCAUAGCGUUGGAGACGAUGACUUCCAGGAGAGUAAUGGCAAUGCUUGCCAGGAAGAGAACGAAACUGUCGAUGAAGAUGAUGAAGUCUUUCCUUCUUCUCAGCCAAACGCGCAGGAGGGCGACCUCCCCAUUACCACGGUUACAUUUGGAAAAAAUCCUUUUUUGGAUAGCUCAUCAGAAUCGACGACUCCUGUAGAGUUGGGAGAAGUAAGUACGCAAUCGGUGACUCCUAGCAGUCAAAUAAAUAUGAUCACCGUGAGAGAGGAUGUCAAAAAUGUCAACGAACAAGUAAGCGAACCACAAACGAUGCCGCAACAACAUCCUCCACAAUCUUCGAAACCAACAACUGCUGCUAGUAGUACACGAAAUUCGCCAAUUAGUCGGAACAAAAGUUUGUUUUCCACCGGAACGGGAAAUUUGAUUGCACGACAGCUUAGCAGUCAGCGGAAAAAUUUCAGCGCAUCUGGGGGUGGUCAUUUUAAGGAAUUGAAGGAAAAACUUGCAGCUGGCAAAAAAGGAAUAUUUGCUUCGCUGGAUAAGACCGAUACUGAUGGACUUCCCACCAACACUAGCGGUGAAGAUCGAAAACCAAAGCUGGUGAAAAAUUUCAACGAGUUUCUCAGUUUUGCAGCUAUGAAUCGCAGUCGUAUUAGCGACAAAUUAAACACUAAGCGGCUGCCCACAUCGCUGGAUUCCACGGGAAGCAAUACGACUCUGACAACCGGUUCUUCUAUUACUAUGGAUGAAGAUUCGACAGAGACAAUUGAGUAUGACGAACUUAAGCCAAAACCACUUAUCAAACUAACAAAAUCUUCGUUCGAUGACUCUGAUUCUUCUAGUUUUGGAAUAGCCGAUUCUGUGACGGCAGUUUCGCGGUCUAGUGAUAAUAGUAGCUUUAUUGUGGAUGACAGUUCCGUAUCAGUAUCGCCUGUGAACCAACCACAAGAAGUGAAAUCUUCAGACCAGGACGAAGCCGAAGAUGAAGAUUUCUUUUUCCAGUCUCAAAGUGGGCAAGAAGGUAGUAGUCCAGACGAUUCUCAAGAAUAUUUUCCCAUGACAACUUCAAUGACUCGUGAAUUACGGUUGGAACUGGAGAAUUUGGAUCGGCAAGUAUUCGGAACUGAUUGUCACAACCAGCAACGAUACUAUACGCUGAGUGGUUGCAUUGAUUUGGAUACUCCACCGGAAAGCGGAGAAUCUAUACAGGAUUUAACUCAAACACGUCAAAUUAGCAAUCAACAACAGAUUUAUAAUGGCUCGGUAGACUCUAUGGAGAUACAAUCAGCAGAUGAUGUUUGUGACUUGAAGGAAAUAUCCGUUGUAGAUACAGUACGAUAUCGUCAUAAAUCAAAGGGUGUCAGUGACACUGACACUGAUGCUGAUAAACGAAUUAGCUCUUCCAGUGCCAAUGCUGAUGUGUUUGUAUGGGAGAACCCGCUGCACCAAUGUGAAAGUCCUCUAUCUGCCACAGUUAUUGGGGAUGCUUCAACGCAGAUGCACGCACCAACGACAACGAUAGUAGAACGAACAGCUACCACUCCCGAUGAACAUCCUGAGCUAGAGUACGAUGGUGACAUAAUUGUUGAAAUGUCAAUGGGAAAAAAAUCCAUUACUCCGAUUAGGCUGGUCCGGCGUACAGGUGAUCAAUCUAAUAACAGUUCUAAUCGUAAUUCAAUGAUCCUUCCCGAUUCGGAAUCGGACUCUGAUUCCCCCGAGCAAUCCCGUGCAAUCAAUUUUAAAUUUCACCCCAAUAAUCCUUUCUACGACGCCAAUUUUACUGAACCAAUGGGACGUACUCCUAUGGCCAGUUUAAAUAAUUCUGCACAGGAACGAUCGUUGGCUAUUCCGAAUACGACGAAUGUGACUAGCAUUGCCGACUGUAGCAAUUCUUUCGAAGAAGCGUCCGAAGCGUCUAAGGUGGACCUAGUAAUCCGGCAACCAGCAGUAAAUAGCUCAAAUGACGCCACGUUACCAGAAAGCUCGCGCACAAUAAAAAUAGCCGGUGUUCUUCCACCUCCACACGAAUUCGGCGGAGGAAAUCCUUUUCUAAUGUUCCUUUGUUUGACUAUUCUACUGCAACAUCGUGACUACGUUAUGAAGAUGGGUAUGGAUUACAACGAAAUGGCGAUGCAUUUUGAUAAGAUGGUGCGAAAGCAUAACGUUACACGAGUGCUGAACCAGGCACGGCAAAUGUACGCCGAGUAUCGAAGAAUGUACCAGCAACAGCAACAGCAAAGAAAUACAAACGGUAGUGCCAGUAUGAGCAGCAGCAUGUACGGUCGCCUAGGUGUAAUGACAGUUACUAACACAAGUGAUGAAGGAUCGGCUCAUCCCAGACGUAACACCACUAGCGGACUAACGUUCACGGCGUAGGUACUGAAAAGCUGUGACAAGGUCGCUAUAAGCGAAGUCAAGAUAUAACUGUGAUGAGAUGGGACAACCAUGCGGAUAAUCUCCAUCAUUUUGCAUGAAUGAGUAUCAAUAUUAACAAAUAUUGCUAUUAUGUGAACAUCAGACUUGUAGUGAGAUUUUAACAAGGUAAUUUAGUGGACUACAAUAGAACAACUCAAUUGGGGCAUUUAUCACAUCAUGGCAGCAUCUCAUUAGCUAACCCCAGUAAGAAAAAGCCUCAAUUUUUGACAUCGUGGCAAAUCGGCUCAAUAUAGGUAACUUACCGUACUAUUUAGUAUUACUACUUGCCUCAACUAUAGAGUGACGAGGAUACCCUCGGUGAAAUUACAAAUUCUGUAUUCAUGCUGUAUGCUUCGAGCUAACAACAGACUGUUUUUACUUUCAAGUAUUUUUUCGAAAUUUACUAUUGUUUUUCUCAGGCUUCAUUUUCAGUUUUUUGCUCAAUAGAUGCUCAUUUGACUGCAGCGACUCAACGAAACAGAAUUCGAAAAAGUAGUGUAAAAGGCAAUUGUAGAGCUAAUUAUUAUCUAUGUUAUUGCUGAAGAAAGUAUAGUUCUAUCUUUUGUAUUUACGGCGCUAUCGGGCUGCUACCCUGUUGGUAGCAAAA